AUUUAGAUUUAUCUACUGGAUAUGCAGUGGAGGAAGGUCCAGGGGAAGGAGCUCAUUUCGGAUCUCUAAGCUUAAUGAGCCAGAAAAUCACUGCCGGGAGGGUUUAGGGUUGUUUUUAUUUGGGGCAUUAAUGAGAUGAGUCCAGCAGGGGGAGCACUUUCCACUGAGCAAACAUCUGAACUCACUGUUCAGCCACAGCUUCAAUGUCUCACCUGAGAACCAAGAAACGAAGAUCUGAGAAAGAGGGGAGCGAGGCAGCGAGUUUGUGCUCACUGUUCCCCCUGUUGUCAGCACGAGGGGGAGGAGGAGUGUGGGGGUGCUCUUCCACACUCAUGGAUCUCUACAGAGAAAAUCAAGCAGCUUUUCCACAGGAUCUGUUCUGGUGUUGCGUCCGGCUGAUGCUGAUUUCUGUUGGGUGCCCGAGACUCGGUUCUGGUUCGGUUCCUUAAAAGCAGCAGCGUUGAAGUGUCGGCAGGAGCUGAGCAUCAAAGUAGGUCAGUGUUCAUCAUUGGAGCAGACAGGGAGCAGCAGCGCAGCAGAAAAAGCUAUCAUUUUUUUUCAUUAAUUCUCAUUUAAAGCUUUGACUGUUGAACAGAUUUCUUCCAUGAAGGUAACGUGUCUCUGUUGAAGGUCCAAAGAUCAUAAAAGUUCAGGAAAUACGAUAAAAAUGUUGUAGAAGUAAGGAAAUAAUUCAACAAACAUGCGUGUCUCAGCUUGUGGUCUCUGCAUAAAUUUCUGAUGCACCUCCAGCUGUCUGUGGAUUUCUGGAGGUCUGGUGAUAUCCAAGAUGAUUUUACAGCAGCUUUCAGCUUCUCCUUGCUACUCGUCUGGUGUGUUAAUCAUCGUCUUCAUAGAUUAGCUGCAAAGUUAAGGUCAGAGGAGUUUGCUGACCAAACACAGGAAUAUAGAAGUCCAUGAACCAAGAGCAGAUCUUUGUUUUAGGGUGGACUGGAUGCAGCUUUGCUGAUCUUGAACCUAAAACACUUGAGCAAUAUUAGAUGAUGUCCUCAAGAUGACUCUGAAACUUGACUCUGGACUUCCUGUCUUCUUCUCCUCCAGAAUCUGAGACCCAUGCAGCUUUUCAAAAUUAGACCAGGUAAGACACCUUUGAUGUGUCUGGUUCAUCUUUUGAAGAUGUCAGGGAGUUCUGGAUGGGGAGAAUCAUGAAGUUCUGACUCCCAUCAAAGUUCUAGACUGAUAUUCACCUGUUUUUUCUUCUUUAAAGAAUUCUCCAUGAGUUUUAUUGGACACAGCACUCUCUGAACAACCAGCUUCUUCAGUAUUCACUUUCUGCCCCGGCUUCAUGACUUUGUUCAUCCUAAACCAAACUGACAAAGAAGAUUUAAAGAACCAGAAAUAGCAGAAUUGUUUUAUUAACUUCAUGGAUAUAUUGAAGUGGUCAUAAAUAUUAAUUUCAUAUUUCAUCUGUAGAUUCUAAUCAGCAUUUUUAAGACAGAAACACCUGAAUUAUUUCAAUCUGUGUGAUAAUAAACCUUCUAAAAUGAGUAAUUGAAACACAAAUUCUCUUUGAUGAUGUUCUGUUUGAAGGCAGCUGCAUGUUCCCUUUGAAAGGACGUGAGGUUUAUCUGCAAAAUCCAGAGCCAAACACGUCAGUCUGAUUCAAACAGAAGUACUUUUAUUUAAAAAUUAGUUUAAAAGUAGGAUUGUCAUGAUGUGAAGUUCAGGAUGAAGUCCUUCACAGUAUGAAGCAUGUUUUGAUUUCAGGGUUUGGGAUGCAGAGCUGCAGCUGCUGGUGUCACUGAGGGUCAGGACCUUUGGAUCUGCACAAGAUGAAGCUGGGAAGCAGACUCUGCACCCUAAAUGUUGGUGGUCGCAGGUUUUCCUUCCCUGUGGAGCUGAUGAAGCGGCUCCCCCUGAGCAGGCUCAGUCGGCUGCACAGUUGUCUGUCUGAAAGUGAGCUGUUGGAGCUCUGCGACGAUUAUGAUAGAGACAGGAACGAGUUUUUCUUCGACCGUCACUCAGACGCCUUUAGCUUCAUCAUGCUGUACGUGCAACAUGGGAAGCUGCGCUUCGUGCCACACAUGUGUGAGCUAUCCUUUUACAACGAGAUGCUGUACUGGGGCCUGGAGAGCUCCGACCUGCAGCUGUGCUGCCAGCGACGCCUUGACCAGCGCAUGUCAGACUGCUUUGUCCACUUCUUCCCGGAAGAGGAGCCCCAGGGCCCAGAGGAGCCCAGGAGUCACUGGCUGGAGAGGAUGAGGAGGACAUUUGAAGAGCCCACGUCGUCGCUGGCGGCACAGAUCUUGGCCUCUGUGUCUGUGUUGUUUGUCGUCAUCUCCAUAGUGAUGCUGUUUGCCAGCACGUUACCCAGCUGGAAGGCUGCAGAGACCCUGGACCAGCACCAAAUCAUCGAGGCGGUUUGCAUCGGAUGGUUCACAGCAGAGUGCCUUGUCCGUUUUCUUGUGUCCCGGGAUAAAUGUGAGUACGUUCUUCGGCCUCUGAACAUCAUCGACCUGCUGGCCAUCAUGCCCUACUACAUCUCUGUUACCAUGACAAUGCUGACAGGAGAAAACUCCCAGCUUCAGCGGGCUGGGGUUGCACUGCGUGCCCUACGCAUGAUGCGGAUCUUCUGGGUCAUCAAACUGGCACGUCACUUCCUGGGUCUCCAGACUCUUGGUCUGACACUCCGUCGAUGCUACCGUGAAAUGGUCAUGCUUCUGGUCUUCAUUUGUGUCGCCAUGGCAAUCUUUAGCGCACUGGCUCAGCUGCUGGAGCAUGGCUUGGACCUGGAGACGGGGAACCAAGACUAUGCCAGCAUUCCUGCUGCCUGCUGGUGGGUCGUGAUCUCCAUGACAACUGUAGGUUAUGGCGACAUGUACCCGGUGACGGUGGCGGGCCGUGUUCUCGGAGGUGUGUGCGUGGUGAGUGGGAUCGUACUGCUGGCACUCCCAAUUACCUUUAUUUACCACAGCUUUGUCCAGUGUUACCAUGAGCUGAAGGUCCUCUCAGCCCGCAACUGUCGACCAAUACUAACGUCUGAGACUGAGGACGGGGAGACAUCAACUGACCACCAUGCUGGUCGCACCGGCGAACCGCCAGAGGCAUCCUUGCCCUACACCAAAUAAGUUCCUCAUUUUAGUUUCCCAAACCAUAAUCAUUCAGCUUCCAGUCAACAAACUGUUUCCUGUCACAUGCCAAACUUCCUGCCCAUCACAAGAUUAUUCUCCUUUGUCCACCUAUUGAACAAAGCUUCACUCCAGCUUAUUCCUGGGCUGGUGAGGUCAGAGACCAGAUGGGAUUUCUGCUGUCCAGUCAUCAGUGGCUUUGGAGCCGAUGGGGGUGUUAUUCAACACGGUUGCAGGAACAUGAGAUGGGGAUGCCAUACUCGAUAAGGACAGACAGGAUCACCACAAACACUGAGGGUGUACAAACAGUCACAUAAUCACAGCCACACUUUGGGAUGAAACUCAAUUUAGAGAAAGUUGAAGCAUUGAAAUAUUUGUGAAAACAAUCUUCCUCUAAAGGAGCUCAGAGGGAGGUUUCCAUAGAUUUUUUUUUAAUGUAGUGUUGGUCCUUCAAAGGCAGCAGAUUGAAAGGCUCCCCAUACUUUCGCCAGUUUAGAGACUUUUAAAAACAAUGUGAUCCCAGUGACAGGACUAAUGAACCUCGUUUUCAGAUUCCCUUACUUUGUCUAAAGUUGUUUCUGGGUUUUCUCAUGAUUAUGUUUGGAGACUCCAUCGCCAUGCGUCACAGUGUACAUGGAUUAGGGUUGUGGGAGGGGCUUUGAGUCCAGUGAGGCAGAACAGAUUUUACCUGGCCCUUCAGCUGUUUCCAUGAUCAUCACUUGAUUAUUUUGGAUUUUCACUUUGCCUCUUUCCCCAGGAAGUCUACUGGCCAUAAUGGUGUACUUCGUAACCCUUCUGCUAUCCUAGGCACUUUAACAUUGGGAGUUGGGUCAUCUAGACCCACUAGACAGUGCUCUGAACCUUUUUACUUCAAUGAUUUGUGAUCAU